AUGACUACUUCAUACAUGCACUUGGUGAGGCCAAACGUUUCAGCACCUGCUGCUUCUUCAGCUGCAUCCUCAUGUAACGUCAAAAUCCACACAUCUGCUCUCUUCCAAAUCUUGGAAAUCUUAUCGAAGCAAGUUUUGUCAAACAAUUCCUCUGGAACUUCUUCCAAGAGAAUUAUCGGUACUCUUUUGGGUUUGAGAAGUGACGAUGGGUCCGAAUUCGAAGUUAGAGAUGCGUUUAUGGUCACAUGUACUGAAACAGGAGAUUCCAUCGCUAUAGAUGAACAAACCCACAAGCAAAUGUACCAAUUAUACAAGAAAGCACAUCCAAAGGAACUGGUUUUAGGUUGGUUUGGAUCUUCAAACCAAGUCGAUUCCACUACAGCUUUAAUUCAUGACUUUUACUCAAAGGGUUCUGACAGAAGUUUCCCAUAUCCUGCCAUCUACUUAAACGUUGACUAUCAAUCUGAACAGGACUUGAAAUUGCCCGAACUCACCACAUAUAUUGGAGCAGCCAUUGCAGGUCAAAAUAACGGACCUACCAGAAUUGGCUGGAAGUUAAUUAACCAAACUUCCCUGUAUGUAUUCACUCCUAUUCCAAACCAAGUAAUUACCAAGCUGAUCACUGAAAAAUUGGCGUUAAACAAAUUAAAUGAAAUUGGUCCUGCACAGAACGAAUUGUUGUUGUCCAGCUCCGACUCUUCAAAGCAGUUGAAUCACUUAACUUUACAGUUGCAAGCGGUUGGAUUGACCAUCGAAAGCUUAUUAAACUAUAUAAAGGAACACAAGAAUGGAAAUGACGACGAUUCUAUCGAUUUGUUAAGAUUAUUAAGUAACAAUUUAUUGAACCGCCCACAGAGAUUAAGUAACUUAGAAGAGUUGGAGAGUAAGUUCAAGGCAUACAACCAGGACGUCAUAAUGAUUGAAUAUUUGACUAAGGCUGUCAAGGAACAAAUUGAAUUGAGUGCUAGAUUAACUGCGGAAGCCGACAAGAAAUAA